UCGCGCGCUAUCGCGCGCUUCACGUCGCCGCUGCCUUCCUCGCACGCGUGUGCGCCAACGCCCAAGCCCAAAUCACCUACGGCGCACCUCACCACGUCUGCUCCUUCGCGCAUCGCAGCCAUCGCCCGCGGGCUCCGAUUGUCUCCUGCGCAUCCCCGUGCGCCCGCUGCGUCGCACGCCUCUCCCCUGCCAGCUGACCGCUCACCCGCGCGCCAACCGCGCCCCGGCGUUACACCCCCGAACGCCAACGCGUCCCAGUCGACGCCCGCGACUCGCCCGCCAACCGAACUCCCGCGUACGUCGUCUUGUUCCGUCCACCCGCGCGCAUCAUGGGCCGAUGCGCGCCCUUCGCCCAUUAGCCGAUCGCCGUCGCCCUUUUCGCCGGCGAUCGCCACCGUUGGUUCGGGCCAUGGAUCCCAACCAUCCAACCUAGCACAACCCUCGGCCGGUAUCCACCAUCCUUUGUCAACCCAUCGCAACCCACGUCUAUUGCCCUCCUUCCUUCGGGCUCGUCUCUUCUUUGUACAAGGCUUACACCAACAACAUGAUUCCUUAGUCUUCGCCUUGC